AAGUCCAUUGCAAACACUGCCAUAUGCAGCUUAUAAAAACGCGGCUAUUUUCUACUGAAUGUUGUUGAUUUAUUAAGAUUGCUGAAUAACUUGCUUGAUAUGAGCGAAGAGGCCGUGCCAAUAUUCGAAAUAAGCGAUUCACUCGCCACACGCUGCGGCAACACGCUCACUGCAACUUUUGUGCCCGGCAGCACAAAAAUAGCGCUGAGCGUCUACCGUCCCAUUAAAUGGAGCAGUCGCGACACACCCAGCGAUACGGCUGGCGAGGAUCCGGUGGUGAUAAGCAUAGCACAGGAGUCGACGCUGUACAAGGAGCCACUGCUUCGCAGUUUGCUCUCAGAGACAAAUGGCACAUUUGUAACGCUUCAAACACUCGUCCAGGAGGCCAAGGGAACAAAGAAAUCUGCGGAAUAUCUACAAAUAUCAAGAGCAUAUCGCAGCAUCAUUCGCUUCUGCCUCGAAAAACUCGAUCAUGGCAAGAAGACGCCCGAGGUACAGGAGGAUGAGUGGAGACUAGAGCACUGCACAAAGGCCACAAAGACCUUCUAUGCGAUCGAAUGCAUGUGGCAUCUGUUCGAGAUACUCUAUCUGCAGCAGCAGCAGACCAGCCAGGUGAUUGUUCAUCAUCUGCUUGAAUGGGUGCGUUUUCACUAUCCCAACACCGAAGAUCAGGCAACCGAUUUGCUGCUAAUGGCGGAGGAGGCCAGCGAAUGCGAUAGCUAUUGGCUGACAUUGAGGCGGCUAAUAAUGCUCGGCCAGUUGGAGGUGCCACGCGCCAUUCUUUUGCAGAAUCGCAAAUUUAAUCAGGCCGCAUUCCAAGCCGCGGAGCAAGUGCUGAAAACGAUGCCCGUCUAUCAGGAUGGCUAUGCACUCCACAAGUUCAACUCACAGUGGGAGUAUUGGCAUGUGGAUCUGGACCGCAAAUUGGCUGCCCAAACAUUUGCAGCGGAGCCACAACUGGAGCUAAUCAUGCAGCUCGUCGCGGGCAGCAACAAGCAUUGGGAUGCUGAAUUGGUCAAUUCCCAGGAUUGGUAUGAAUUUCUACCCGGCUACCUGUUGUACACGAAGCCAACAUGCAAACCGUUCGAGUUGCGCAUUGCCACCACGCAUUGGUUGAAUCGCUGGUCAGUGCUUCGGCCCGAGUGGCAAAUGAAGCAAUUGAGUCGCAUGGUACUCCAGCUGAUGCAGCACGAUAUCAAGCUCUUCAUCUACGAUGCGCAAAAGCUCAACGACAGCCACUGGUUUUCCACUCAUCUCAUUGAUCUGAUCUACCACACGGGUCAGUUCAAGUCCUACUUUGAUCAGCAGAACGUUGAUCUUGCAGCGUUGCGUCACUCGAUGGUCUUCGAGUAUGGCAGCUUUUUGAUGGCAUCGCGUAAUCACUGGCAGUUGGCCAUUGAUUAUCUGGACUUUUGCAGCCAUGAGGGAGCUGCUGCCAUUGAGCUACUGCUCCCACGCAUUCCACUAAGGAGCGAACGGCAAGCGUUCAAGGUCCUCGAACUGGCCAAACAACGCGGGCUGGUUACCGUCGAGCAGGAUAUCUGCAAAGUGCUCUCGAAGCGUGCGCAUAGUGAUCAGCGCUAUGGAAGCGCCCUGGAGUGGGCCAUUCGCUCCAAGGACGUCUUGCUUGUUACGUCGUUAGCCGAUUUUAUACUAAAGAAUUAUUCGCAUACGGGCGUAAUAUUUUCUCCGGACGUGUUGAGAAGCAUUGGACCACGCAUGUUUAUCUCACCACGUUUAGUUUUUCUGUGCAAGUAUUUCGAGUUCUAUGAAUUGUAUCGCCAACGUGACUUUGUGUCCGCUGCCGAGCCACUCAUCAACCUAUUGGCUUCCAAAAUAACGCCCGCUUACUUCUGGCCUUCACUGCUUAUUGAUGCCAUGCCGCUGCUGAACUCUGAGGAACCGAAGUUAUUCAUUAAUGAAACGCUUGCCAUUCUGCAGCAUCUGGAAAUGGAGCUGGUGCCGCUGAUAGAGCGCAACAAGCUCAACACAGCCAAAUUUGACAAUCAAACAUCGAAGACCAUCUUCAAGGACUAUCGGGUGGAGAAUGUUGAGGAAUUUGUGGAAUUAAUGCGUUUAUCAUGCGCCCGCAAUAUGGUGCGUGCCACAAUAAUUGAGAAUCGAGGACCCCCAACGUGAUUUACGAGCAGCAUCAUUUUUCUUUUUGUAAUGUAAUUGUAAUUUAUUUUGUAUGUUCGCUUUUCAAUACAUCGUAAUCAGAGAUUUGUUGAGAA